AUGGCCCAUCCUUUGACUCAGGCAAUGGCCGCAGAGAACGCGCCGCAGCCCAGCAAGAUGGAUGUGAAGUCUGGCGAUGCAAAGAACAAGAAAAAGGUGAGUGGGAAAGCCCAUGCGAAGGCGGCAGGACCCGGAACUUAUUUUCUGCCCCCGCAGGCGCAGGUGUUACAGACAGUUCAGGUGCCAAGGCGCUUUCCUGGCCACUUUAUGCCUCACAGGUUGUGCAACCAUUGGAAUCUGCAGGGAUGGUGCAAGAAAGCGGAGACCUGCACCUUUGCCCACGGCGUUGAAGAGCUCCAUCCCGAUGUGCAAGCGCAGCUGUUGCAGCAGAAGCCGGGGAUGCCGCCGCCCACCGUCACGAAAGACGGUCGGUUGGUGGUCCAUGGCGUGACAAAGCCCGCCGGCAAGGUUGAAGUACCUGGCUAUCCGAUGCAACCGCUGCCCAACUUGUACGAGCAGAGCCUUCUCAACACGAACUUCGCCUUCAACCUCGCAGGUCCGCAGACCGUUCUGCCCCUGACAGCGACGACUGCGAUGGCCUCCAAGGUCGCGGCGCAGGAAAUUGGUGAAGAGGACGGAGCUCGCGACCGCUCCAGUUCUCCAGGCACCCCCAGCAAACGUCGACCAGCACCAGCGCCCCUGACGUUCGACGACUCGGACGAGACUCCUGGCACCGCCGUCCCCGCGAACCUGACGCGCAUGUCGCCCACGGUGCGUUACACCACAACCACGAUCCGAGCGCCACUGGCUUCGCCGAUGCGGGUCUCCUUGGUCUCCAGGUCGUUGCCCUCGCCGGUCUCCACCGGGUUCACGCCCACGGGGAUGGGGACCUCGGUGGCCACCUCGGUGGCCAUGGCCGCCCUCUCAACACCGAAGACGACGGUGCCCGCAGCGGUGCCGUCCCUGGAAAGCCCGGCGCGGGUGACCUUCAACCGCGCUCCCGGUGGAUUUUGGCCUACUUCGCCCGUCUCCGUGCUGCCGACGACACCUGUGCCCAUCGACCGCUCGACGCUCUUACAGGCACGGCAGGUGGCCGUGCGCAUGGAGCAGGGCCCACCGGGUCUGGCGAUGUGGGCACCUACGCCAACCACAAAGGCGAACCUCUUGGGCUUCCGAUAUCCUGAGCCAGGAUAUAUGUCAGUGGCACCACGAACACCCGGAGCAGCGUGA